UCGCAACCUGUGGGGUCGCUGCUCUCUCCCUCCUGGACCUGACACUUCAACCCCACUUCUGCUGGCCUUUCCCAGCGGCCCAGGGAACGAGACCCAGCGGAUCGGCUAUUCCCCAGCCAAUUUAUUGCCUGUGGCCCGGGAUGAACGCCGCAGGCGGCGGCCCCACAGCCACCCAGGAGUUGGAGUCAGCGGACGUGCCCCUCUGCCCGCCGCUGCCCUGGCCCUGGCCCUGUCCGGCAGACGUGCGGCUCUGCGGCCACCUACGGAAGCAGAAGUCCCAGCGCCGCCGGUUCUUCGUGCUGCGGGAGGACCCGCCGCGCCUCGAGUGCUACGAGAGCGAGAAGAAGUUCCGCUCAGGCUGUAGCGGCGGGGCGCGGCCCCGGCGCAGCGUGAGCCUGGCGGGCGCGUGCACCAUCAGUAAGCGCGCGGACGCGCGCCAGCGCCACUUGAUCGUUCUCUACACGCGCGACAGCAGCCUGGGCGUCGCAGCUGCCAGCGAGGCGGAGCAACAGGUGUGGUACAAUGCCAUGCUCGAGGUGCGCGCCGCCGCCGCCGCCGCCGCCGCGGGUCCCAGCUCCCACGAAGACCCCGGGGCCUCGAUCCUCGCUCCGUUCCAGGACGUCUGGCCUGUGACGCUGCGGCCCAAGGGUCUGGGGCGAACACGAGGCCUGGGCAGCGGCGACUACCGCCUAUGCCUGGGUUCCGGGUCCCUGAGCCUACUGCGGAAGCCGGGGGGCAGAGGAUCCCGGGACACCCAGGGAUUGUCGCCACCGGCCCUGCGCCUAUCCCUGCUCAGCGUGCGCCGCUGCGGCCACGCAGACUCUUUCUUCUUCCUGGAGCUUGGCCGCUCGGCGCCCACGGGUCCCGGGGAACUGUGGCUGCAGGCACCCGAUUCUGUGGUGGCCCAAAGCAUCCACGAGACAGUCCUGGCCGCUAUGAAGAGACUCGGAGGCAGUGGUGCCAGUGGCAGGCCUGAGCCACCGUCCAGGGAUCCUCCAAAGAGCAUCUCCAGACCCCCUGUCCCCCAAACUUAUGAAUCCCCAGCCUCUGCAGCCCAGCCAAGAGGCUUGGUUGAGAGGAUGGAGCAAGCAACCCUUAAGACCUUGGCAAGGCUGGGAGUGGCAGCUUCGUACCCCAAGGAGUCCGAUGGGGGUGCGGGCUACAUUACUAUGGGAGCCAGGAGUGACUAUGAGCACAUGGGGGUUAGAGAGGCAGAUGGCUAUGUGGUAAUGGGGCCCUCAGGUCUUCCUCUCGCUGACAGCGAUACUGCCCACCAGACCCUUCAAGAUUGGGGAGGCACAGAGUACAUGCCCAUGAAGAGCUUUCCACCAGAGCGCUUUUCCUACAAGUCCAAGGCCCAGAAGCCUGCACCAGAGCAUAGCGGCAAAAGGGACGGCUGGGGACCUGCAGUUGCUCGGCCCUGCUCUCUGCCGCCGUCAAAGCUGGCUGGGGAGUAUGUGUGCAUUAAGUAUGGGGCUCCAGACUUGGUAGAAAAGGACACUGCUAGGCUGGCGCCCUCCGAUGGCUACCUCAAUUAUGUCGACCUGGACCUGGUCCCUCCUCUAGACGCUCGUGGCCACGGCCCAAGGGCCGGCCCGCACAGCUACGCGUGCAUCGAGUUCUAGAACCUCUGGGAGGCGCCAGUGAGCAGACGGGGGCACUGGCCAGCGGAAGAAUGUGAAACUCGCCAAAGUUACCAAUGUCCCCCAUCCCGCUCAUGCUUUCUAACACCCCCUACCGCGACUAAAAGGCCAAAGUCUUGACCUCCAAUCUGAGACUUGCAGAGGCACUGGGUUGCCCCUUGGCCAGCUCUGUUCUUUUAAGGGAGAGAAUUCUAGAACCUCUUCUACCUCCCCCCAACCCCACACCUACCUCUUCCCCAAAUUAUAAACUUCUGGACUUUCUCAAUUGAAAGCCUGAUCCUGUUUCCCUAAAGAGUUCUAGAGAAUCAGACUCAGGUGGGCUCUUAGGCCACAGAUGAAGGUUCCUGUUUGGCUUGGUGUUCCUGCACACACCUGCGGCGCCUUAGGGUGAAUUCCUGGGGCCCUAGCUCAAGAAGAAUGGAAGGAUCUUAAAACACCUGGCCUCCUUCUUAGUCCACCUCUCCCAGUCAAGCAUAAGCCAGUAGAGCUGACCAAGUCCUUGCUUCCUAUAGGUUCAUCCCCAACUCUGCACUGUGGACCAUCCCCCACCUAUUAAAGGUACCCUGCUGGGUAACUGUCCUA